AUGAAGUUCUCCGCCGUAUUAGCACUCUCCGCCGCCGUCAUGGCCGCGGCCAAGUCGGUCCGCAGCCACUAUCCGGUCCGCCGCGAUGGUCACAAGAAGGGCGGAUCCUCUGGUCAACAAUCGGGUCUCCCCUCAGGAAUGGCUGGAUAUGGUGUCUCCAACACUCAGAUUACCGAGAUCAUCAUCAUCUGGGCGAACCCCGGUGCCGGUGCUCCCACCAUCAACAUCAACCCGCCCGCUGGCGGUGCCGCCGCUCCUCCCCCGGCUGCCCCCCCCGCCAACCCAGCCGCGCCUCCCGCUGCUCCCCCGGCUGCUCCUCCUGCUGCCCCGGCCACCCACCACGUUACUGUCGGUGGGCCCGCUGGUCUCGUCUUCGUUCCCGAUCAGGUCAAGGCCAACGUGGGCGACAUGGUUGUUUUCACCUUCAUGAGCCAGAACCACACCGUCACGCAGUCCGCUUUCAAGACCCCCUGCGACCCCCUUGCCGGCGGCAUGAACUCCGGGUUCAUGGCCAACCCCAACAACUCCGUCACCCCGCCUCCCCAGGUCGCCAUGCAAGUCAUGGUCUCGGAGCCUUUGUGGUUCUACUGCGCCCAGGCCAACCACUGCGGAAAGGGCAUGACCUUCUCCAUCAACCCUACCGCCGAGAAGACCCAGGCCCUCUUCCAGUCCAUGGCCAUUCAGCAGAAGGGCAAAGGCGCUGGAGGUGCCAUCACCGGAGGCACCCCUCCCGCUGCUCCCCCGGCUGCUCCUCCGGCCGCUCCCCCUGCUGCCCCCCCUGCUGAGGCUCCUCCCUCUGCGCCCCCUGCCGAGGCUCCUCCGGCCGCGAACCCUGCCGCUCCUCCCGCCUCUCCCGGCGCCGGUGAUAUCCAGAAAGGCACCGGUCAGAUGAACGGCAACGGUGCCUGCGUGUGUGCCGUUACCUGCAGCGUUGGCUCGUUCCCCGCCAUGGGCGCACAGGGCGUCGGAUCUUUCGGCGGCAUGGCAGGCUCUCUCCCAAUGAACAUGAUGGAGGCAUAA